AACGUUACCAACCAUUUUUCAGUGGAUUUAACUCCCUCAAAUGAUGUAUUAGCUAUUUGGACAGUUGUAUAUGUAUGGCAUUUCCUGGUCCUACUCUAUUGUGUCGUGUCAGUGUGCCGUACAACCAACGAACUUAAGCCCGUGUAUUCUAACCCAACUCUGUUAUCGUGUUUCUUUUUCAUGUACCUCUCAAUCAGUUAUCUUGCAACAUUAGGAUGGGUUUUUGUCUGGGAUCGGACUCACCUGACCGCAUCAACAGUCAUUAUUUUUCUUGCAACAGCAUCACUUCAUAUGGCGCUUAUCGUGUCUUACCGAAAAUUGGAUAAAUGUACCAAGAGAUUAAGAAAUGAAGGCAGAGGGAGGGAACGUUGGUUUGUUAUUAUCAUUGUGCAAAAUGGUGUGGCAGGUUACGCUGCCUGGACUGCAAUCAUUUUCUACAUUAAUCUUGCGGUGUGUGUAGUGUAUUGGGACGCUGUACCUUCAGGUGAAUCUAUUGCGUCUCUCGUUUGUUUACUCAUUUUAGCCACACAUUACCUGAUUUAUGUGCUGACCGAUUUAACCGUCUUAGAUAGAUUUUCUGGUUAUGUGCUGUCUCCAUAUAUUGUGAUAAUUGCAGCCGUUAUUGGGAUGCUCAAGCGAAACUUUAAACCUGGUACAACAAAUGGAAUAGUUAUAAUAAUAUUCUUGACACUUAGUAUCGUCUGUGCAAUCAUAAAGUGUAUCAGAAUGAUA